CUUGCAUCGUUCAUCUGUCAGUUGUGAAUUUUUGUUUUCUACAGCUCUCAUUUCUCCAAAAAUGUGUUUGAGCCUCUUGGAAAAUAUGCCUUUAAGCCAUUCAAGAACUCAAGGAGCUCAGAGAUUAUCCUGGAAGCUGUGGCUCUUUUGCUCAAUAGUUGUGUUGCUAUUUCUUUGUUCCUUCAGUUGGGUAAUCUUUAUUUUUCUUCAACUAGAGACUGCUAAAGAGCCCUGUAUAGCUAAGUUUGGACCUUUACCCUCAAAAUGGCAAAUGGCACCUUCUGAACCUCCUUGUGUGAAUAAGGUGUCUGACUGGAAGCUGGAGAUACUUCAGAAUGGCUUAUAUUUAAUUUAUGGCCAAGUGGCUCCCAAUGCAAACUACAAUGAUGUAGCUCCUUUUGAGGUGCGGUUGUAUAAAAACAAAGACAUGAUACAAAAUCUAACAAAUAAAUCUAACAUCCAAAAUGUAGGAGGGAUUUAUGAAUUGCAUAUUGGGGAUACCGUAAACUUGAUAUUCAAUUCUGAGCAUCAGGUUCUAAAAAAUAAUACAUACUGGGGUAUCAUUUUACUAGCAAAUCCUCAAUUCAUUUCAUAGAGACUUGAUUUGAUCUCAUUCUCUUCAGCACAUGCAGAGGUGCCAGUGGGUGGACUGGAGGGAGAAGAUUUUUAAUUUCUAGAGUUUGUCUGUCUACAAAAAUCAACUCAAACAGAACUCCUCUGGAUGUGAAUUUUCAUCUAUCCUGCUUACCCGAAAAAGACUCAGAGGAAGAGCCAAAGACUUUUGAUUGAAUCUACAGAGAUACUUCAGUAAUCCAUGAUAAAAUGAAUAUGGAUGACAGAGGACGGGUGCUUUGCAAAGAAACUUUGUCUAAUUCUUGAAUUCAUGAGUGGAAAAAUAGAGUUCUAUUCCCAUGGAAGCUUUACUUGGUAUGCAAAAAGGAUCUGGGGCAGUAGCCUGGCUUUGUUCUUAUAUUCUUGGGCUGCUCUAAUUCAUUCUUCUCAUACUCCCAUCUUCUGACACCUUCCCAAUAAAAAGUAGACUGAUAGGAUGGCCACAGAUAUGCCUACCAAACCCUACUUCAGAUGUGAUGUUAGAAGAUAAAGAACACUGCGAGAACUAUUGGAACAGAGGUACAAGUGACAUAAAAUGGAAUGUAUGUUAUCUGGAAAUUUCCCUUGGUUUUGUCUUACUCAGGAUGCAGGGUGCUUUAAAAAGCUUUGUCAAAGGAAUCAUUCUGAACCUUCAUGUAGGGCUUUGUGAGAACUUACUGUUUGAGUGUGUGUCUAAACACUGCUAACUGUAAAGAAAGAGUAACCAUUAGUAUUCAUUAGAUUUAACCCCAGAAAUGGUAUCAUUACUACAUUAUGUCAGGUAAUGAUUUAGUAUUUUUUGCUAGCUUUCCAUAGUUUGCAAAGUGAAUUCGUGUAUCAGGCAGCAAUUCUAUGAAGUUAAUUGGGCAGACAUUUAGGGGAAAAUUUUAGCAAUGAGAAUACGGUAGCAUAGCAUAGCCAACUUGGCUCAACUCAUAGGACAAGUGACUACGAGAGGCAAUGGGUUUUCCACUACAUCACACUGUCUCAGCUUUAGAAUUGUUGUUUCUGCUAUCAUGUUAUAAGACUCUAAAAUUUAGCAAAGUCACCUUAGCCCAAGGUGAGCAGAGUGAAGCUACAACAGAUCUUUCCUUUACCAGCAAAGUUUUUUUUUUUUUUUUUUUUUUUUUUUUCCUGCCUGGAUCAGGGAGACCCCGGGUGGUGCUCAGGCCUUAUCCCAACCAAAUUCCCUUCUUCACUUUGCAGAGACCAUCUUAGUGAAAUGUGCUAACUUCUAAAAAUAAUAAAUAGCACUUAAUUCAAAAUGUUUGGACUCUUAAAUUAGCUACACACAUGUUCUUGUUGAAAAGUAUAUAAUAUUAUACUGUAAAGAAAUUUAAAGUAUUUAUGGGUAUUUGUGAAAAGCUGCAUUAUGUUAAGUAAUAUAUGUAAAGCU